AGUCGAGGCUUUCAAAUGCAUAGGUAACCUUUGCAAAGUGCUUUUGUACAAAUAUAAUUUAUCUUCACUGCUGCAGCUGUUGCUCUUUCACAGUGUACCAUUCUCUCUUUUUUGUAUUAAAUGUGUGUUGUUAAUUUGGACAGUCAGAAAUUAUAAUUAAUUAAACAUGGGAUAUGUGGCAGAACCUGCUUAAACUGUCAAAAGCUCUAGUUUCAGAGAAUGUGUAAGUUUACUCUGUUUGAGAUUAUUAUUAAACCAGUUAAUAAAUGACCCAUUUCCUACCUGUGGAGUUUUUGUCUACCAGAAAUAUAACACACAAUCAUGUUUGUUUGUUUUUUCUUUAUGAUGAACCACGUCACCUGGCUCAUUUUGGAGAGAAAUUAGAGAUAAUGGGAAAAUCAUUAAAUCUAAUAAAGUAUUUUUUUUUUUUUUUUUACAGUGGACUGAUAAAUACUCUCGGUUUAAUCCAUGUCUGUGCAAUGUGCUAAAGUCAGUGGGUUAUCAUAAAUCCCUAUGCAGAACCACUAGGGCGCGCUGUAGAACAAAGUGAUCUUGAAUCAUAAACACCAACACUUGCCUGUCCCCUCUGGUCAGAUACAAAGAAUGCACACAUCGUGUCUUAUAUCUUGACUAUAAAAACACUUUAAGACUUUACUCCAUCUGCUUAAAUCGGACUUCUGAUAUGUCAGGUUUUCAGUAUUUUAUUUAUUUUUCAGUAACGGUAUAUUUUUUUUUUUACAAAUAUUCCUGCCAACAAUUCGAUUUCUGUUUUACAACAUGAAUUUAUUGAAGACUGCAGUAACUCGCAGUGGGGGGCUCAAACGCUGAAACAGGGUGCUCUAUUCAAAUAUGUACAGCAGUGCAGAAGACCUGAAGAAGACUGAACUGCUGCUCAUCUCUUUUUUUUAGUUCCAAGUUCACUGGUGACACGUUGCUAAAAUAGUCCACAUAAGGUGAGUGGGAGAUGUAGUUUUUUGGUUCAAAACCUUGCCAGACAUGUGCUUGACGACAUGGAGUUACAUAUAUUCAUAUACUGUUAUUCCCAGUAUGCACCUCAAACGGGACUAUGUGCGCAUGCCCAGUCCGUUCACGACAGUGGAGUGAAACUCUGGGCAUCGGCAUGGAUCCAGCCUGGCGUCGGCAGGGCCGAGGGCGUGGCAGAGGUCAGCCUCGCGGUCCGGCGGAGGCCAGUGAUGUGACGCCGGCGCGACCCCAGAGUGAUCCCCCCCCAGACUCAGGAGCGUGGGCUGGCAGGGGGAGAGGCGUCUCCACGGUUACCACGGCCCCAAAAUCAGAGCACCCUACUACCCAAGCCAAAGGUGUGUCCUCUCAGUCCAAGUUCGAGGAGAUCAGGAAGUCCAACCAGGCUGCUGCGACACGGCUGGCAGAGAGCCAGUUCACUUCCUCCUCAGAUGAUGACGAUGAUGAAGAUGAUGGCGAAGGGCGUGUUGGAAAGCAGGGCAAAAUACUGGAAUCGACAUUUACCACUUACACCAAUCAAACAGGGGGAGAUGCAACUGACCUGGAGCGCACCAGGCAGUACCUGAAUGAAGCCUUUCAGUCUGGAGCCAUUGCUUGCCUAAUCUGCAUUGCCUCUGUCAAGAGAACUCAAGCUGUGUGGAGCUGUGAGAGGUGCUACUGUAUCCUCCACAUUACCUGCAUCCAGAAGUGGGCGAAGGACUCCGUCUUCCUGGUGUCCUCCAUCACCGAUGAAGACUUUGGAAAGAAGGCGCACCCGUGGCCAUGUCCUAAGUGUCGUCAUGAGUACCAGCCCCAGCAGACCCCCACCCGCUAUGUCUGCUACUGCGGGAAGCUGGCCGACCCGCCCCUCGACCCCUGGCUACUACCACACUCCUGCGGCCAGGUGUGUGAGCGCGAGUUCAAGCCGUCCUGUGGACACCACUGUCUGCUGCUGUGCCACCCAGGGCCCUGCCCCCCUUGUCCAAAGAUGGUGACAGUGACGUGUGUGUGCGGCAAAGCAGCCCCCGUGCCCAGAAGGUGCCACGCCAAAGCCUGGCACUGCCAGCAGCGUUGUGGAAAACUCCUGCCCUGUGGAACACACACCUGCCAGAACUCCUGCCAUGGAGGUGAGUGUAAACCGUGCCCGAGGGUGAGCGUGCAGCAGUGUGUCUGUGGUGGUCGACAGACGGAGCGCCCGUGUGCCAGUCCCCGCUGGCAGUGCGAUCAGGAGUGUGGUGCUCCCUUGUCUUGCGGUAACCAUGUGUGUGAGCGUGUGUGUCACACCAGUGCCUGUGGGGAGUGCCCACGCUCUGGAAACCGCUCCUGUCCUUGCGGCAAAUCCAAAUGUGUGUUGCCGUGCACGGCAGAUGUGCCUACUUGCGGUGACACGUGUGAGAAGAGACUGGAGUGUGGCUUGCACACCUGUAGCAUGCGCUGCCACAGAGGACCCUGUGAAACCUGCAGACAGGAGGUGGAGAAGCAGUGUCGCUGUGGGCGCUACAGUAAAGUGAUGCCCUGUCACAAGGAGUACCUGUGUGAUACCAAAUGUCCAAAGAACAAGUCCUGCCAGCGACACCAGUGCAAGAGGAAGUGUUGCCCGGGUAACUGCCCUCCUUGCGAACUGAGUUGUGUCCGAUCGCUGGGCUGCCGGAACCACAAAUGCCCUUCAGCCUGCCACCAGGGCAGCUGCUACCCAUGCCCUGAGGUGGUCCAGGUGAAAUGUACGUGUGGCUCCACCUCCUUGUCUGUGCCUUGCGGGAGAGAGAGAACUACCAAACCCCCACGCUGCAAAGAACUAUGCAGAGCGCGGCCCACCUGCCACCAUGCCUCGCGGGUGCCCCACAGGUGCCACAUUGAAGAGUGCCCCCCCUGCAGGCAGCCCUGCAAACUGCCCCUGCCUGCUUGUCCUCACCACUGCCCUCAGUCCUGCCACGACCAGGUCAUGGUGAAGAGCAGCAGGGCACCACUUGCUGGACCAUGGGAAAAAGCUUCUAUACCAGAAUUUGUGUGUAAAGCUUUGCCUUGUCCGCCCUGUCAAGUGCCCAUACCAACGGCCUGUCUUGGGGAACAUGAGGUCAGUCCAGUGGCGUGUCAUGUGAAGGGGCCGUUCUCAUGCGGCCGUCCCUGCGGGCGACACCUGGCCUGCGGUAACCACAGCUGCACUCUGGCGUGCCACCGGGUCACACACACUAGGCCUGGGGACAAAACACAGGCUGGUAAGGAGUGUUUGCGGUGUGAGGAGGGCUGUGCCAAGCCCCGCCCCGCUGGCUGUCCCCACCCUUGUUCCCUCCCCUGUCACCUUGGUGACUGCCCAUCUUGUCCCAAGAUGACACGUCUCCGCUGCCAUUGCAAGAUCAGCAAACUCUACAUCGAGUGUGUGAAGUUAACUUCAACAGAUGCUGAGGGUAAAAAACAGCUGGGAUCCUGCAAGAACCAGUGUCCCAAACAGCUUGGCUGUGGGCAUCGUUGUAAAGAGCUGUGUCACCCUGGAGACUGUGUUGAGUCCUGCACUCAGAGAGUCAAAGGGAAGUGCCCCUGCAAGAGGAUCAAGAAGGAGUUCCCUUGCUCCCAAGCACAGCAGCCAGAUCUAGUGGUGUGUGAUGAUGUGUGCAAGACCAUCCUGAAGAAAGCUUCUGAGAUGAAAGAAGCUGAGGAGCAAGCUGCUUUAGAAGAGGAGAAUAAAAAACAGCAGGCUGAGCUGGAGGCCUUUGAAAAACGGCAGAAAGGCAGGCGAAAGAAAAAUAGGCGGAACACGGAGGCGGAGCCCGAGGAGGGGGCAUGGAUUCAAUACAGGAAGUACCUUAUGGUGCCUGUGUGUGGCGCUCUCCUGGCUGCUGCGACCUUCUACUUACUGCAGAUCAACUAGAACAGCCUGCUUGCCUCCCAUGCCACCUGACCACCACCACAGAAGGAGAGGAGAGCAGAGGAGAGGAGAGGAGAGCAGACAGUGCUGUGGGCAUGCACUGCUACUGCUCUUAAUCGUCCUUCUGGUCCACUGCUUAGAGACUGAAUGUUUCCACUGUACCAGUUGUUCUCAGUGGGUGCAAAUACUGAGGUGUACAGCUAGAUGCAUUUGUUUUGUUAAGCCUGACAUGAUACACCCACACACUCUUAAAAACGAGGACUGACGAAGACACUAUGUUCCAUGACGUAUAAAGGUUCACCUCUCAAACUUAGCUUAUGAUCCAUAUUAAUUGCGAAUUGAAUGGCCCUUUUAAGAUUUAGAUGUGUAAUCUAAUCUGUCUAAUUAAUCUUAUUUUAGUUCUAUUUGUUUCUUCUCAUUUUCCUUUUGACUUAAACAAAACUGAGUUGUAGAAUAGAGUCCCAUAUGAAAAUGUGAUGGCCAUAAUAAAGAUACAAUAUUUA